AUGGAGACAAACGCCGCCGCGCUCUCGCCCACGUCGAGCAGCCAGGCCUACCUCUCCUCGCUCGACUUUUUCGCACUCGCCGGUCUCGACGGGACAUCGUUAGAUCACCACCACCACCACAGCCACCACGACUCGCCGCACGCACACACUUCAGCCCCUCACUCUCAUCACCACCAAGGCUCACAGUCGCACGAGUACGACUCGCGCGCGCCCUCCCAAAAGGCGUCGCCAGAGUACGUACCCCUCGACGACCCCUCGCCCAUUGCCCUCGAAGCCGCUCCCUCGCGCCCCUCGAGCAGGCAAGGCUACCGUCUCGCCACCCAAAGCCGAGACUCGGCCAUGGACGUUGAUCACUCGCCAAAUGUUCACGGAAGCGGAAGCGGCGAGCAGCAGACUACCCACAGUCACCACCACCACCAACAACAACAACAUCAGCACCAACACCACAGCCGUAGCCACAGCCAUGCCGACGGACGCGAAGCGCCCCUUGACGCCCAUGACUUUAUGAACAUGGACAUGAGCAGCGCCGCAUACGACGCCGUUCAGGCCGGAAUACUUCAGCAUCAGCUCGAGUCCAUUCACAUGCAGUCGCCUUUUGUCGCCGCCACCAACCCCACCUCGCCGUAUAAUGCCAUGGCCCAAAUGUUCCUCACGUCACCUCCUGCCCAGUCCUCGGCGCAGGACAGCGGCUCGUCACAGGGUCAGUUGCCCGACGAGCGGCGCCCGAUCCACCCGCGCACAUAUAGCGUGUCGAACGGCCCUUACGGCGUUCUCACGCCCGGCCCCAGCGGCGACAUCCCAGCAGAGAUGCGCAUGGACUUGAUGAGCCCAAUGCAGCUCGGCGUCAUGAUCGAGGGCAAGGAAAACUUUAACGCUGUGCCCCUGCUUUCGCCUGCUCUCUCCCACCAUAAUCCGUCAAACUAUGCGUCGCCGGUCGCCCAAGUCGCGUUUGGCGCGGGCGGCCGUGACGCUGCUCAUAAUGCUCAUAUCAACCGCGCCGCACUCGAGCAGCUUCAGCUUCAGCAGCGCCAGUUCCAGGAGCAGCUCGCUCUCCUUCAGGAGCAGCAGAGACAGCUUCAGGCUACGGCCGCUGCUGUUGCUGCUGCAUCGGGGUCGCCAUACCUUGCGCCGCAGCAGUCGCAUCAGCACCCGCACUCCCAGGCCCCGUCUCACUCCCAGUCGCAGGGAAGGUCGGGUCUCACGCCAGGUGGCGUCAAUGGCAACCAUUCCACGGGGACUGUCUCCACACCUUCCCCCGGCAGUUACUUCUCACCGCUGACUUCUCCGGCGCUCGAGCCCGCUGUCAGUCGGUCCGCCGCUUUGCGCGCUGCUGCCCAGCACCUCUCGCCGCAUCUGCACAGCCAGCAGCACCGAGCCCCGCACCCGCUCUCUGCGCUGUCGUCGCCUGCUCUGAACCCUGUGGGUUCGUCGGGUGGCGCGAACCAGACUCUUUCGCCUGCCCUCGGCCCGCAAAAUCCCGACAUGAACGAUCCCGAUUACCUCGAUGCUCUGCAGGGAAUUUUGGACGGCUCUGCGGGCUCGAGCGCGGAUGUGAGUGCCAACGUGAGCACCAACGCCAGCGGCGGGUAUCACAGCUCGCCGGUCAUUGUGCCAAGCAACACGAACUCGUCGCCCGCCGUCGGAUCGAGUGGUGCAGGUCCUCAUCGAUCCAUGCCUGCCAAGUCGCGCCCUUCUCCCAUGAUGAAGCCGACAAACCACCGCUCGCACGUCCGCGGCGCGUCUACGUCAGUGCCAACUUCACCGAUGGCGUUCAAGAUGUCGAGCGGAAGCGGCGGCAGCGGUUUCCUACCGCCUGCUGCUAUCGACAACCGUGGCGUCCAGCCUCAGAUGCUUGGGGGCGCAUCGUCCCAGGCUUCUACGCCCUCUCCAGUCGACCUUGCGCAGAUCAUGCCGCCGCCGCCCGUCCCUUCGCAAGGUAGACCAAAGAUACCCAUGACGCCAGCAAGCUUAAUGAACUUGAGCAAGGAGGCGGCUGAGUCACCCGAGGAGCCCGUUGCUUCGACUUCUUCAACUUCGGCGCCACCACCGCCAAGAGCAGCAGCCAAGAAAGCCACAAGUGCCCUUGCGCCCCAGCCUCCCCGGCGCGGUAGCCGACUGGUGCCAGCCAGCGGGACGGCCGCGGCCAAGCGUUCCCUCGCGAUCCGCCCGCCGGGCGUCGGUGUGCGCGCGGCAACAAAGGGCGCAGCCGCCGCAGCCGGGGCAAUUGAGCCUGAGACGCGGCGAACAUCACACAAGGCCGCAGAGCAGAAGCGCCGAGACUCGCUCAAGGCGGGCUUUGACGAAUUACGUCUCCUCCUUCCGCCUAUCAACACGGAGGCGUUGGAUCCGGAGUCGGGAGAGCCAAUUCCCGGAUCAUCUGCGCCGCGGCUGCUUCCCAAGUCAUCUCUCGUGCCAGACGACAACCCCAACCGCGGCGUGAGCAAGGUCGCGCUCCUCAAGUUCUCAAACGAGUACAUUGUCCGCCUGCACGACAAGGUCAACAAGCGCGACGAAUACAUCGACAAGCUGCGGGCCGAGGUAACGCGCCUGCGUCUUGGCGAGACGGAAGAGGUGCGGGGCGACGAGGACGAGGACCUGUUGGAAAUGGACAUGCUCGACGGCGAAGAAGACGACCUCGGCGACGAGGACGAGGAGAUGGACAUUGACACGAAGAAGAAGAGCGUGCAGAAAAGCCCCGCGCUCGGGCCUACAGGCCGGAGGCGGAGUACGGCUCGCAAAAAGGACGAUUAG